AUGCUCACGUUCUUCCUGACAAACUUAACCUACCAGGCCUUUGUGUAUGACAAGGCCUGCACUGACAAGUACAACGAGACUUUCUGCACCAGCCUGCGCAACAAGACGUUCCAAGAGGACCACCAAACAGAAGAGGAUUAUGUCCAGUCUGAGACAUCCUACUGGAUCUUAAAGAAAAACAUUGUAGAACGUAUUCCGUCAGGUUUGAUUGUAGUGUUUAUCCUCGGAUCCUGGGGUGACAAAGUGGGUCGGAAACUACCUUUGUUUUUACCCAGUGUGGGGGCAACGUUGUCUUCCAUUGUGUAUUUGAUUCUGUCAAUUUACCCUUCAAGUAAAGUUGAGUAUGUGAUGAUCGCUGGUGCAGUAAAUGGUCUGAGUGGGGGAUUCACGGCCAUGAUAAUGGCUGUGAACAGCUACGUGACGCACAUUGCUAAUCCCACCAAUAGAACUACGCGAUUGGGAAUCCUGGAGGCUGUUAUCUUCUUAGCUGGAACUGUAGGUGUCUUCAUAUCUGGAGUCAUGCUGGACAAUACAAGUUUCACAUUCGUCUUCGCGUUCAUGAGUGGAUGUUCCUUUUUAGGAAUGGUAUACUUUACCUUACGUCUGGAGAACCUAACGGUCGGAACAACUAGACUCGAGAGUGAAAGCUUCUGCGAGUAUUGGAUUCUUGGAUCAAUCAAGGAGUCUGGUCGUUGUGUGAUGAAGAAGAGGCAAGGGAAGAGAACUCUCUGGAUAGUCUUACUGCUCAUUGUCUUCAACCUCCAAGUUAUCGCAGCAGUGUGUGAAAAUGACGUCCUCCUCCUGUACACAAGGCGAGCUCCACUCAGCUGGUCACAGACAACGUUGGGUUACUACCAAGGUCUGGAGAACUUCCUUCGUAGUUUAAUGCUGGUGACAGUUCUGCCUCUGUGUAGGAAGAUGAGGAACACCACUUUAGGACUCUGGGGCUUGACGUCCAAAGGCAUCGGUCUGGUAUUAUUGGGACUCAGCAAACGGACAUGGCAUGCCUUUCUAGUGCCGUUGAUUUCCAUGUUUCAAGGCUUUACAUCAACUGCUAUUCGGUCACUCCUGCCCAGUUUGGUCAGCCAGGAUGAACAGGGUAAGGAUAUCCAGGUUCCGCGUGUUCAUCAUCUGUUCACAGGACGAGCUUUUGGACUCGUGGCUGCCUUGAAUAGCAUUUCUGUAUUGGUGGCAUCCCUCCUCUUCAACGAACUCUACCCAGCAACCCUUGAUUUCUUCCCUGGCCUCAGCUUCAUGUUGGCUGCUGGUCUGUCUGUCGUUGCUGGAGUCAUCAUACUGUGA